AUGCAGCACAUCAAGUCUGGUGCUCCUAUGAAUGCCACGGCCACGCUUCAUGAUGCCUUUACCCUCCUGGGCAUCCCAGGGCUCGAAUCCCUGCACACCUGGCUUUCCAUCCCCUUCUGCUCCAUGUAUGUGGUGGCCCUGCUGGGGAACGUUGGCCUUCUUCUCACAAUCAAGAUGGAGCCCAGUCUGCAUGAGCCCAUGUACCUCUUCCUAUGCAUGCUUUCCCUCACAGACCUGGUGCUCUCCUCCUCCACCCUGCCCAAGCUACUAGCCAUCCUCUGGUUUGGGAGGAAGGACAUCAGCUUCAAUGCCUGCCUGGCCCAGAUGUUCUUCAUCCACUCCUUCACUGCCAUGGAGUCUGGCUUCUUUCUGGCCAUGGCGUACGACCGCUAUAUGGCCAUUUGUAACCCUCUGCACCACGCGACUGUCCUCACCAAUGCCCUUCUAGCCAAGGUGGGGCUGGCUGUGGUGGCUCGGGGCCUAGUGCUGUUCCUCCCACACCCACUCCUGGUGCGCCGGCUGCCCUUCUGCAAGUCCAGGGUCAUCGUCCACAGCUACUGCGAGUUCAUGGCUCUGCUGAAACUCGCUUGUGCAGAUGCGGCAGCCAGCGGAGGCUAUAGCCUCACCCUGGCUUUCCUCAUCGGAGGCUUCGAUGUCUGCUUCAUCAGUCUCUCCUAUGGCCUGAUCCUGCGCACGGUCUGCCACUUGCCUUCCAAAGAAGCCAGCCUCAAGGCCCUGGGCACCUGCGGCUCACACAUCUGUGUCAUCCUCAUCUUUUACACAACAGCCUUCUUCUCCUUCCUCACCCACCGCUUUGGCCACAAUGUCCCCCAUUCUGUCCACAUCCUCAUUGCUAAUAUGUACCUUGUAGUUCCACCUACGCUGAACCCCAUCAUCUAUGGCAUACGGACUAAGAAGAUCCGGGACAGGGUGCUGCGACUCUUUUCUUCAGGGGGCACUGAUGCCUUUUGA